UAUAACGGUCUGAGAGCUCACAGGCAGCCAGCUCCUUCUAAAACGCACUUUCUUCAUUUGUUUCUCUCCCUCUCUUCUUUUAACCCAAGAUGAACAGAGUUAUCCUCCAGCUUUUUGCAGUCGGAUUGUGCUUUGCAAUCGGCCAAGCUCUUGUAUGCUACCAAUGCACCAUUGGGAUUGGAAGCCUGUGUGUGACGUCUCAAACGACAUGUUCAAGCGGCGAACAGUGCUACAGUGGAGUUGGGAAAGCAAUUGGAUUUGUGGACGUCAAGAUGAAGGGUUGCCUAGCAGUAGCGAACUGCAACAAGACUGAAGAUGUGGACUUUGGCACAAACAAGACCGUCUACAAGAUGACCAAGACAUGCUGUAACACAGACCUAUGCAACACAGCACCUGGUGUGCCCGGCACCCCCACGCUGACCCUGGCCCUCGCCACCAUCUCUGCUGUGUUUGUGGGAAACCUCCUGGCUUGACAGAAGAUGCCACCAGUUUAAAAUGCAAACAUGAAUGAAACACACACACACACACACACACACACACACACAUUCAAUAAAAUAUCCUUACACGUGAGCUUUUUGUAAUCAUGGAGCUUUUUUUUUUUUUUUUUUUUUUUUCUUUUCCCCCCCUCCUUAUGGGUCUUGUGUUUACUGUCCUUGAGGUAGUUGCAGUUUUGGUUUCAGAUGGUUUUUCAUUAAUUCAAUCUUUUAAAGUUCAUUCUAUAUUUGUAAAUGUGUCAGCCUGCAUUUCACUGUAACAGAUGUUGAAUAAGUCAAUGUAUAUUAAUUGAGUGUAAUACUGAAAAAAGAAAAAGAGGGAAGUAAGUAGAGCCUAGCUGUAGAGCUUGUGUAUACCCUUUAUUACUAACUGUGAAACAUACUACAGCAUAAAGGGUGUUUAUGAACGUGUUAUGGAGCUUAACGCUGGCACCAGUUUGGCAUGUCCACCCCCCCUCCAUGCCAAGUCUAAAUAUAACUUUAAAUUUCCCACACUGUCCCUUUACUCUGAUUUUUGGCCCACUGUACUGUAAUUUUAGACUCAUAAUAUUCAUAUGCUAACAAACUCAAAUAGUCUUGUAGUUUUCUAAGUAUAUUGGUUUUUUGUUUGUUUUUAACGGUUUUUGUCCAGUCCCCUUUAAAGAAUCUCAGUUGGUUCUUUUUUGUUUUGUUUUUUUCUCCGUUUGUCACAUUCACUCUGCUCACAAGCUGUGAGGUAAAAGCUUUGUGUUUGUUUGUUUGUAUAUGUUGGCUAAUGGGGAUGUAUAGACUGCUUUGUCAUACUGAAAUAAGACGUCUUGAUCAGUUUCUCUUCAUAUACAUAUUUUCCCCUUUGCAAAAACUUUUUUUUUUUUUUUUUUUUGCUUUUUUUGUAGGUAGGGGGGGUAAAAAUGUAUAUUUUGACGCUUCCAAGUCUUUAAAUAAAACUAUU